GGUCCAGAGCACCAUUGAGUGAUGCGCGCGCCCGCCCGCCGCUUGUCCGCGCGCUCGCGCUUCUUCUCCCGGCUGUUGUGAGUGGACUGACGCGCGCGCAGGAGCUGUAGUUGGUUUGGGGGGGUUUACAGGUGGGCUUUCUUUUCCUUCAGAUUUUGGGAAAGUGCUGGAGGCAGUUUAGAAGAUGAAGGACCGCACGCAGGAGCUGAAGCACGGUAAGGACACCGAGGAAGAGGAGGAGGUGGCCGUGGGCAUGGAGAAAGGCUUCAUGGACGAGUUCUUUGAGCAAGUGGAGGAGAUCCGAGGCUUCAUCGACUCGCUGUCUGAGAAGGUGGAGGAGGUAAAGAGGAAACACAGUGCUAUCCUCGCCGCUCCGAACCCGGACGAGAAAACGAAAGCUGAACUGGAGGAUCUGAUGACAGACAUCAAAAAACUGGCCAACAAAGUGCGCUCCAAGUUAAAGAGCAUCCAGCAGACCAUCGAGCAGGAAGAGGGUCAGAACAGGUCGUCAGCUGACCUGAGGAUACGGAAGACACAGCACUCCACUCUGUCCCGUAAGUUUGUGGAGGUGAUGUCGGAGUACAAUGCCACACAGUCGAGCUACCGGGAGCGCUGCAAGGGCCGCAUCCAGAGACAACUGGAGAUUACUGGCAGGAACACCACAAACGAGGAGCUGGAAAGCAUGCUGGAAAGUGACAACCCAGCUAUCUUCACUUCGGGGAUCAUCAUGGACUCCAACAUCACCCAGCAGGCCAUGAAUGAGAUAGAGACCCGGCACACUGAGAUCAUUAAGCUGGAGAACAGCAUCCGCGAGCUGCACGACAUGUUCAUGGACAUGGCCAUGCUGGUGGAGAGCCAGGGGGAUCUGAUAAACAACAUAGAAUCCAAUGUGCGUAAUGCACAGGAUUAUGUGGAGAAAGCCAAAGAAGACACCAAAGCUGCCAUUAAAGUGCAAAAAACGAGCAAGGUGAAGUUGAUUGCGAUAAGUGUCUGUGUAGGAGUCUGUCUGCUCAUCCUCAUCAUCUCACUGGCCGUCGGGCUCAGCUAGCAAGAGAUCCCCAAGCUUGGAACCAUUAAACUGAUCAGGGCAGGGGUUUCUCCAGGACCAGGGUUGGGAACCACUGGUCAUGUUCUGAUCACAGAACCACUCUUACUGUAGCUCUUGGCAAUGGACCAAUGAUAUGGGUUGAAUCCCCAAUAAGUAUUCGGUGCCUGAGAUGGUCAUACCAAUGAGCCACAUAAUGUACUAUAUCAGUGCCUGGGAAUUGCCCAAAACCCAAAUACAUUGUAAUGCCAAAUGUCAUGGGACAGGAAGUAGUAUAUUGUCCCAUACUGCAUCCUGUGGAAGCUGAAGAACGCUGCACUGACCUGAGGGAUAUGUGUGUUGGAUUUCCUGUGUUGAAAGUGGGUAUAUUAUCUCAUAGAAAUGGACAAUUCCUACAAUCAUUACAACCCACUGCACUGUCCACUGUGGGUGGUAAUGUCUUAUAUAAUAUAUUCACAAUACACACAUGAAACUGUGGAUCCAGGAAUGUUAAAAUGCCAGCCAUCGACUAUCGGGCCUCAUUUGAACUCAUUCAAUAAUUGACCUCAACUUGCCAUGAACACACUGGCCAGUGUUCAGUCUCACUCACAAGAUAACGCAUCACAACCUAUACAGCUGUUUGUUUUGGCAUUUCCAAGCUGUCGCCUGGUGUAAAAGUUCCUGAUAAAGUAACACUGCUGUUCCAUGACUUUUGGCAUAUCAGACAGAUGGCUACUGUAACUGUACACAUACUGUUUAUAAUGUAUAUAAUGAAUCUAUUAAGCUAUAAAGUCACCAUCAAGUGGACAUACAAAAUCGAUUCCACCAAUAAAGUGGACACAAUACAUAAACUAAAUGAUUUUAUAAUUGGGAAAUGAAUGUUUGCCACUCUCUGAGCCAGCCUGUGGAACUUUCCAACUACCUCACUCUUUUCUGUUUGUUAUUUACAUCCUGUUGUGUUAAAGCUAGCUGUGUCUUGUCUCAUUUGCAUGCAUGUAGUUUAAGUUGUGGCAUGUGUGUGACUUCUGUCUUCUGUGAAGAUACUGUUUAUCUCUAUUAUUUGUCAGACAUUUCUCUGUUAUAUGCUUUGUUAUUACCACAAAAAAACAUUCUUAUGGUUUAUGUUAAAGGACUCAUACAAUGAUGACUGACUUUUUAUAAAUAAAAGAGUUUGAUUUUUAAAAUUUACCCCACAUGACCUGUCUGAUAUUUUGUAGAUGUGCUGACCCUUGUCUACUCUAGUGUGGUCAUCUCAAUUUGGUCCUUGUUAAAGUGUCUCACCUCUGGUUUGUAAAUAUUUCCCAUUGGUUUAGUUUGUUUCCACAAAGGAACAAAAAUCCAAAUUCACCAAAAUGUAUUAGAACAAACCGUUUUUAAAGACCAUCUCUACUCGUAUUGGUCAGACCUGUCUGGGGUGGGAGUGGGAAAGUAAAUACAGGAAGAAGGUCUGGUGAUCUGGACUAGUAUAUAUAUCUGUGCAGUUUUACAUGGAACAAAAUUUAGAUAGCUGUAGCAUUUUUAACACCUGCUAGUUGGGUCUGAUUACAGUAGAUUAUACAGUAGACUACUGUAAUUUACAGUAAAUUACAGUAGAUUCUUUUCUUUUUUUUAUCUGAUGCAUUUUGUCUAUAUGCCUAAAUAUAUUAUAAUACAAUAGCCCAUAUUACACACCUGCAUCCCAGUGCAAUUACUAUACUCAUACCUGCCAAAACAAAUCCACCACAGGAAGAAAACAAACCAUAGUCUGAUUUAACAAGUGUAAAAAUCUCCUCCAAUUCUUUUUCCAAAGUAAAUACUAAAAUAAUUGAUUUUUUACUUGCUGACUAAUGUGUCCACUCACUGACAGAUACAAUUGGCACCAGAAAAUCAGUGUUAUUCACUUUACCAUUAUUGUUUUUAAAGUUUAAAGCUCAUCAGUGUACAUAUCUGUAUUGUGGGCUACUUUGUUGAUUAAUGCAUCCUACUUGAACAGUAACUCAGGGUUCAGUCAAUGGAGGCUUAUCUUGCCUUGUGACAGUGGGGUUAAUUUCUUUUUAAUAUUGGGUAUGGGCCCUUUAAACGCUCCAGUAGUACUCUGAACUGCUGGUAACUAACGCCAUCAUGUGGUGAAUUCAGUUAAACUGCAUGUAUAAUGUGUUGUACAUGAUCAUAGAGAAUGUAUGUAUUGUGUGGUGGAGUUUUGUGGGUCUGUACCUGUUAAUUAAACAUCUGUGUGCUAGAAUGUAUGCAAUAAAGCUUAAUAAUCAGUUAUUUAAAAUUAUAUUUACUAUGUGAAACACUGCCAAAUUGUCAUUUUGGAGGUAAACACUGCCAAAUUGCCAUUUUGGAGGUGUUAAAGUGAUGCAGAGUUGCCAAAUGGAAAUGGAAAUAAGCAAACACAUGGUUUAGAAUAUCAUAAGAUUAUUUAAUAUUUAUGGGACAUUUGGCAACCCUUGCAGUAUAUUUAUGGUUUGGAAUUUACUAGAAAUGAGAUCACCUCUGUAAUCUUUGUUAGCAAUGAAAGCAUGAAUGCUAACUGUAGCAAGCUGGAAUGCUAGCAUUGCUGUCGCUAAUCUCAUAUUUGAAUAUUGGAUAUUAUCUUCAUUCUAUAAUUGUGUGUGCAGUACAUCAGCAAACAUUCACAAAAACAGGAAAUAAAGCCCAUAGAUAAAUAAUGGUAUUUGUUUACUUUUCAACCAAAAGUCCAUCACAACAGUCCUAACAGCUAAGCUAAACUAGCUGAGAUAUUAGCAUAGCAGCCUUCACUUGCAUUCAAAUCUCCUCUCAAUAAUGCUAAAUACUACUGUUGUAAAAAAGAAAAUGAAAGGUGGGUUAACCCCCACCUCUAGUCCGGGGUACAACUCCCCUACGUGUUCGUUUGAUAGAGAGAGUCGCAGACAGGUGGAGUGAAGUUGAGAGCAAACCAAGUAUUUAUUACUGAGCUCAGGAGAACCAUACACACAGAAAGACAGUUUAACAGUGAACGAAAUGCUUCAAGCAUGAGAUACGCAAGUCACACAAUAUAUUUCAUAUGUUAUAUGUUAAUGUGUUAGUGGCGCGUGGUUGGUCCGCCAUAUAAUAGAUCCUAUGUGUUAGUAAAUGCCUUAUGUAUCAUGUGGGUUAAUUUGUCAUAAUAAAGUCUGUGUUAGUCACAUGCCUGAUCAAACAAUGUUUUAAAGAAUAUAUAUUGUGACUAUUGGUUAAUCUUCUAUAUAAAUGCGUAUAGAAUACACCGUGAGUAAUAAAAAUGAUCAAAUACAAUGUGAGUCUUGGUUAAUGCAUGUAAAAUACAAGGUUUCACACAAUGAUUAUGUAAUUAUAGAUACUAAGUUAAGUAAUCAUAAUUGAAAGAUAUUUGUCAAUACACCCAAGGUAUAAUAAACAGUUACUCUUCACUACAGUAUAUAAAUACAUGUAAAAAUAUAAAACUUCAGGCUGUGAUGAUGAUGAAAUAGCCCUAAAGUAAAGCAGACGGUGGACUUAGGAACAUUGUACUGAACAUAUAGAAGAUUAGCCUGUUUCUUUGUCUGGAUUGUCUGGGUAUCUGUUUACUAUCCUGCCUAAUCCAGGACAAUACAUGGAUAUUAUGUUGCCGCUAGCUAUUGUAGAUGAUGGAAAACCAGCACAACCCAUUACAAAACAGGAUCAUAUUACACUAUAAAUUCAAAAGUGUUUGGACACCUAUUCAUUCAUUGUCUCUCCAAAAAUCACGGGUAUUAUAAAAGCGUUCCUGCUUGUGUUGGAGAUUUUGGGCCAAUCUCAUUUCUUUUUGAGUGAAACCCUUUCCCUUGAAACAGAGUUACAUUGAGAAGGGCUGAAAUGCUCCCCCAUAUGAGUUGGGACAACCCUUCAAGAAUCUGAUACAGAUAUGGCUAUAUAGCAGUGGAGCUGCUGGUUAACUAGUUAACUUUAGGGCAUCGUAUGUCUUCAGAAAAGGGGCAGGUGGUGCAGCUAUUCAUUAUUAUUGUCCACUCCUUAAUUUAUUUUUGUUGAGGAGCUAUAAUUAGCUUCUAUUAACUGUUAUUUAUUAGCCUUUGCCGUCUGUUGCACCAUUUAAGGUGGAAAGGGAAAGUUGGCUAGGUUCCUAGCUAUUGAGAUGAACUAGUAGCAUUUUUUUUUUUUCGGUUGCUUGUUAUGAAGAAAAUGAAGAAAACACUCAAAUUUGUGGAUUUAUUUGGUGACUUGUGGCGCCAUCUUGCCAGUGAUUCUCAUAGCCCUUUGUUUUGAACGUGUCUCUAAAAAAUCUCUGUUUGAAGGGAAAACAGGGACCAAGGGGAAAAAUGGGAUUGAGCCUGUGUCUCUCAUGUUCAGGAAGACACUAAAACUAGAGUAAUAAUCACUAACUUACCUCAUCCCCAACUUAUCCCCAACCCAGAACUUAUCCACUUUAAAAUAUUGGACGGAGCAGCACCAUUAUUGCAGCUCCAACCUCAGUGCUGGGGGCUUUUUAAUUUGCCCAUAAGUGUUGAAUUGAGUUCAGAUCAGAACUGUGUUGAUCAUUGAAAAUCAUAACAAAAGUGUUUUAUUAACCCUUCUGUUUUUCUCUUUUCAUGCUUCCUGGAUGUUUUGUUAUUAUUAUUAUUAUUAUUAUUUUAUUUCUUUCAAAUUGCAGAAGAAAAUUAUGAUUAUUAUCUGCUGUGUGGUGCUAGGGAUUGUAAUCGCUUCCACCGUCGGCGGAGUAUUGGCUU